UUCCAACUGUCUUCACUCACCAACACCGACUUGCUGAUCCCAAAAUCAAUGGACAACCGGAGUCUCCAUCUCACUCUUUUUUCUUUCCUUUUUCUUCUCUUUUUUUGUUUGGCUACCUCAACAACUGUAACCACCACUUCUUCACAUGUAACAUUAAAUCCAUUACAAGGUGUUUUCUGCUCGGUUAUAGAUUGUGGGCAAGGAACAUGUCAAGCUUCCAACAACUCACUGCUUGGAUUUGACUGCCUUUGCAAACCUGGUUGGAAAAAGAUUCAGAUCGGUCCUUUCACCUUCCCCUCUUGUCUUGUUCCUAACUGCACAGUCGAUUUUGAUUGCGGCAAAGGAUCUCCACCGCCACCUUCUCUUCCACCACCACCAAAUCAGACUAACACUUGUGAUCUUGUUUGGUGCGGUGAUGGGGAAUGUGUGAGUAAUGGAACUGGAUAUAUCUGCCAAUGCCAUCAAGGCUCUGAGAAUUUGUUUAAUUCUUCUGGGCUAGCCUGUUUUAAACCAUGUUACUUUCGAGCUGACUGCCAGGGCCUUGGCUUGAAUUUUCCCUCUGGGAAUCCGCCGCCGCCACCACCAUCACCAUCGUCUAAUAGUCCAACCUCAUAUGGCAAUGGAUUGAAGGGUGUGUCAAGCUGCUCAGGAACUCUUUCUGCACUGACGGUGAUAAUGGUAAUAGCAGCCUGCCAAACAUGGUUUUAGGGAACGAAGCAAAAUCAUAUGCAGAAUAACAAACAUUCAAAGACAUUGGCAACUGGUUGGUGCUAAUUAUGACUUUUCUUUUCCUUUUAUCCUUGAAAAUUUUGUUCACUACUACUAUUUUUUUUUAAUAUUACAAUAUCACACUUGGAUA